AGAAGAUGAGGUUUUUAAGAGUCGAUUGUCAUCCUUACUCCGUUCGCCUCGGCCUAGCGAGGUUUUAGCUCAUCGCCAUUGCCAAUGGCGCUCCUUCAGCUCGCGUGCUCAUUCCCUAUCGCACGAGCGAUGCGCUCUCGGUCCUUCACCACCGUAGCCUCUGGCGCCAUUACCGUCCCCUCUCUCUCGCGACCCUUGCACGCUGAUUCGCACGUGCUCCUCGGCAUGUCCGAGCCAGAGCUUCAGCAGCUCGCUCUCGACUUUGGACAGCGAAGCUAUAGGGGGAAACAACUGCAUCAUCUUCUGUACAAGAGAAAGGCUAAAAAUAUUCAAGAUUUCAGUCACUUGCCUCAGGCAUUUAGGAAUGCUCUUCAAGAAGCGGGAUGGAGGAUUGGGCGCUCACCCGUCCACCGUGCCGUCACUGCUGCUGAUGGUACUAUUAAGCUACUAAUAAAACUAGAGGACAAUAGACUGGUGGAAACUGUUGGCAUACCAGUUGAAGACGACAAAGGUUCAUUACGCCUUACUGCUUGCGUUUCAUCACAGGUUGGCUGCCCAUUACGUUGCUCAUUUUGUGCUACUGGCAAGGGUGGGUACUCAAGGAACCUUAAAAGGCAUGAAAUUGUUGAGCAGGUCUUGGCCAUAGAGGAACUUUUCAAGCAUAGGGUGACAAAUGUUGUGUUCAUGGGAAUGGGUGAGCCAAUGUUGAACUUGAAAUCGGUUCUUGAAGCGCAUCGAUGCUUGAAUAAGGAUGUGCAAAUUGGGCAAAGAAUGAUUACAAUUUCCACUGUUGGGGUUCCCAACACAAUAAGAAAGCUGGCUUCUCACAAACUUCAGUCCACAUUGGCUGUCAGCUUACAUGCUCCAAACCAGAAACUUAGGGAAAUGAUUGUGCCAAGUGCAAAAUCCUACCCUCUGCAUGCAAUUAUGAAGGAUUGCAGGGACUAUUUUCUGGAAACUAGUCGACGAGUAUCCUUUGAGUAUACACUUUUAGCUGGGGUCAAUGAUGAAGUGGAGCAUGCUGUAGAACUUGCCAAGCUACUCCAUGAAUGGGGACAUGGUUAUCAUGUGAACCUGAUACCUUUUAAUCCAAUUGAAGGGUCUGAGUUUCGGCGUCCUUACAAAAAAGCGGUAUUAGCAUUUGCAGGUGCUUUGGAGUCCCGUAAAAUAACUGUCAGUGUACGUCAGACACGAGGCCUUGAUGCAAGUGCAGCUUGUGGACAGUUAAGAAAUGAGUUCCAGAAGAGCCCAUUGCUUGAUGAACCUGCCAGUGUUCAAAACCAUUUAAAAAUCCCAGUUCCUUGUUAAUGCCAGGAGCUUUUCAGUGGUUAGCCUAUACCAACUCACCGCAUUAUAUUAUCACCACUCUUGUCAUGCAGCCAUCCCCCCUACUGAAUGGCAUGUUUGCGGCAGUGGCUGCCGUGUUUCCUCCAGAAAUUUAACUUCUGUAUAAGGGAGGCUGAGAUGUUGGAGAUACUGAAAAAUGAUGGUAUUUUCCACUGAACUGCUGCUGGUGAUGGUGAAUUUCUCAUGGAAUGUUCCAAUGCGGGGUACUAAAAGAAGGUGGGUGGGCCUUCUACUUUCUUCUCUUGGUUUUUGCUUUGUAACAGGAAAUGUUGGGCUUAAAAUUUAUGAAACUCGGUUAAGAGGCUUCGACUUUGUAUAUUACACCAUGAUGCUUGUUGAAGGUGUGGAGGUAAGGGUUUUGGUAGGCAUGCCAUCACUGGGAUCCCGGUCUGGUUCAUUUGAGUUCUUGUGCAAAUAAUUACAUAGCAAGGAUGUAAAGUUCACCCCGGUGCCAUGAUCAUGAUGCUAAGUUUUGUUUGAUGUCAAUUGGAACAUUCAGCAGCAAUUUUGGAGGAACUCUACUGAAAGAAAAAUUUGAGGUUUGAAUUGAGGUUUGUUUAGAAUUUGAUGAGAUUUAAUAUAUUUUGUGCCAUAUUUUCGUUUGAGUUAACAUAAUUCUAAAUUUAAGGUUUGAACAUAAUCCUAUAAA